UGUUUUCAGCAUUACAGUUACGUAAUACUAGGUGAUAGCCCCCACAUUCUCGCAGGCCUGGCGUUGGCACCCCUAGGCUACCCCACUAAGUGUGGCCUGCGUUGUUUUCAUUACCGACGUGAUGCUGGCGUUAUCCAGAUCCAGUGUUACGCUGUGAACACUGGGAAUUCCAUGAGCUUCACGGCGUUUAGCGGCGAAGUGCUUGGCGUGCGGGCCUACAGCGCCACGGUUGCUCGUGAUGGAUUUUUUCCUUUCUAUGGCACCCAUGGAGGCUAUCAGCAUCCUCCGGCGCAGAUGCUCGGUGGGAUUGGAACAGCCGGUGCAUCCAGCCCGCAAUGCUUCUUAGGUUCUGCUGCGAAUGCCCGGCGCUCGAGCCAGUGCGUAUAUGGCCAGCAUAUAAGCCCUAUGGCAGCACGUCGCGAACCAGAAGCGUCGGAAGAGCGCUUUUCCGGUUGCCCAGCGCGGCCUACAACUUUGGCGUAUGUCAUGCUGCCACUUGAUACCGUGAACUCUGAGGGUGUCUUUCGCUAUGCUGGUUCGGCCUGGUUCUCCCAAGCGCUGCAACUUUUAGUCGCUUCUGGCGUUCACGGCGUAGCUAUGGAUUUUUGGUGGGGCGCCGUGGAGAGGAGUCCCGGACAAUACAACUGGUCUGGCUACAAACAGGCGCUGGAGGUCAUAAAGCAAACAGGCUUAAAAGUACAGGCCGUUCUGAGCUUCCACGCUUGCGGCGGGAAUGUCGGCGACACGGUUCAGAUCCCCUUGCCCGAGUGGGUGCUCCAGGCUGGCGAAGCCGACCCCGACUUGUUUUUCGCGGAUAGGCCGCGCAACGGUCGUCGCGGCAACCGCAACCGAGAGUACAUUUCCAUUUGGGCGGACGAUGCGCCUGGGGUGCUGCGUGGCCGCAGCCCCAUGCAGUGCUACGAGGACUUCAUGGCGAGCCUACGUGAUAACUUUAGCAUGGAGCUCGGAGCCGUGAUCGACGAGCUGGUGGUGGGGUCGGGGCCCUGCGGCGAGCUGCGGCUGCCCUCCUACGUGGAGGCGAACGGCUGGCGCUUUCCGGGGGCGGGGGAGUUCCAGUGCUACGACCGGCGCGCGCUGGCCUCGCUGGCGCAGGCGGCUCGGGAGGCGGGGCACCCCGAGUGGGGCUACACGGGUCCGCACGAUGCGGGGGAGUACAACAGCACUCCGGAGCACACCGGCUUCUUCAGCCAGAACGGCAGCUGGAACACGCCGUACGGCAGGUUCUUCCUGGAGUGGUACAGCAACUGCUUGCUGAAGCACGGGGAGCGGCUGCUUACCGUCGCCAACCAGGUCUUUGCCGCGAAGCGCCCUUGCCCCCCCAGCCUGUCCGCGCUGCAAACCAGCGGGUCAAGCAUGCUGCUGCAGCCCUGCUUCUCCCAAGGGCUGCAGCCCUCACCUGCAGGCGCGCGCGCAAGCAACGCCUCCCUCAACCGCCUGCUAGAGGCCGGGUGUGGCAGCGAUCCGAGCGCGAGCGAGUGCGGCUCCAUGCGGCCGCCGUCGGUGUCGCUGCCGCGUCGGAACGCAGCGGAGGGCUCAUUCGGCACCUCCAGCAUCUCCCCCAGCUGCACCUGCUCCUCCAUGUCGACCUACAUGGGGCUCAGCAGCGGCGGGAGCGGCUACCUGCCUGCUGGGCAGGUGCAGGCGGCCGUCGGCAUUGGGGCCGGGGCAUGCCAACCCAUGCAGCAGCUAGCGGCGACGGCUGGGGGAAGCGCGUCGUCGUUUGCGUCGCCGCGGAUGAUGGCGUUUGCUGCACAUGCCGAGUUGCACCUGCAGGCGGGGAGUGGGUGUGCGGGGCUGGGAGGGGACCCUACAGCUGCUGCCGGGUUGGGUAGCGGCGCCAGCUGCAGUGGAACGGGUGGUUCGCAGCGGCUGUCCCGCGUGAGCGCCGCCACGGCAGCAAUGGCGAGUGCGGUGUCCAUGCAGGACGUGGGAGUUGGCGCGGCAGCCGGCGCCACUGCUGGAGGAGGCAGCACUGGGAGCGGUCCGAAUCACAGCGGCUCUGGGGUUUUCGUCGCUGUUGCUGCGGAUGCCCUGAUGACGGACAUCGAGCCCAGCGAGGCCUCCCACACCUCCCUGGCGACUAUGCGCGAUGCGCUGCUAGAACCACCGCUGUCGCUGUGCGGGGAUGCCAGUGGACCCCUGUGCCAGCAGCCAGCAACCGGGGUGGUAGCAACGACCGCACCCUGCGGCGGCCCAAGCCUGACAUCAUCAGGCGUGCAGUGCCGCUCCUCUGCGUCUAUGAUAACGGAAAGCGAGCCGAUGUACGGUCAAGGAACGGCGUACAUGCCGGCAACAACGGCUACCGUUGCUGCUGCUGCCGCUGCGAACAUGGCCUGCAGCAGCGCUGUUCGGAUGGAUGUUUACAACUCGCUGUCGUCGCUUUCAACCGAGUGCACGACGACGGGCGUCGGGGCGCAUACGCAGGGGGUCAUGUUUUUGGACGUCGCGGCGUCGCUAGCAGCCGACGGGGACGAUGAGAGCGAUAUUGGCACGAGCUGCUGCACAGCUGUGGCACCAGAGGAGGCGGACGACCUCUUUUCCCUGGCAGCCGCCGCAGGCCGCGGCGGGGGUUGUCUGUCCGAGCAUGCGGCGGUAAUGCUAGCUCAGAGCUCCCCAUUCAACGAGGACGGCCGGACUAGCAGCAACGCCGGGCUGGGCAUGGGUAUAGACAGAGCAGGAAGCUGCGCUGCGCCAGUAACGGCAGCCACGGUAGUAGCGCCCGCUGCUCCUGCUUCCGCGUCUUCGAUGCUGUCCCCCUUGCCGUCGUGUUUGGCGCCAGCAGCAGCGACCGCCUCCUCACCAGCUGGAGGCCACGGCUUGCACCUGGCUCUCAAGAUCGCGGGGAUUCACUGGUGGUACCGCUCUCGGUCGCAUGCCGCGGAGCUGACGGCGGGGUACUACAAUGUGGACGGCCGGGACGGCUACGCAGCCAUUGUGGAGCUCUGCGCACGGCACCGGGCCAACCUGGUGCUCACGUGCGUGGAGAUGUGCGACUCGCAGCACCCCAUGCAGGCGCAGUGCGGGCCGGAGGGGCUGCUGCGGCAGCUGCGGCAGCUGGCGGCGCGCGCAGGGGUGUCGCUGAGUGGAGAGAAUGCGCUGCCUAUCUUCUCCUCUGGCGGAGUGGACACGGACGCUCUGGACCGCAUUGUUCAAAACGCGCGCGCUUGGCCUUCGCCUACAUCCGCUCGAAACGAGACCACCACCACCACCACCACCACGGGUUUCUCAACCAACCCCAUUACCUCGCUCUCGGCAUUCAUGCCGCACGGGGGAGCCCACUCCGCGCACCAGCUGCACCUCCCAACUGCCGCGCCGCUCUCGUCGUCCUUUGACAGCAGCAACAUCGUCUGCGCCGCGUAUCGCAUGUCGGAGUCAGGCCGGAUGGUCCAAGUCGAGUCGCACUGCCAACCGUUGGCGUCCUGUCCACAACUGCCGCAAGAGGUCUUGCCGCAACACGCGGUUGCAGGCACGUGGCCGGGCACAGCCUACUUGGAGCAACCCGGUUGCAUUGUGCCUAGCCCAGCGGCCGGCGCAGCAGCUGCCGGCAGCUCCUCACCCGUGCUUCCAGGGCUGCGCGCGUUUACGUUCUUGCGGUUGGUACCUGAAAUGCUUUUGCCGGGGUAUCAGACCCUGUGGCUACGUUUCAUGGGGAAGCUGGCGUCCACAAGCUGAGAUGCUUGGGGGUCGGCGCAUGGGCGAGAAGCUCCACGAUCGAUCCGUGGGUGAUCCGAUUCCAGCAAAGGUGCAGCCGUGCGCGCCCUGGUGCCCUGUUGACAUCUGCUGGGGUUACACUUUGUAUAUUUACUGGCUCCUGGCUACUUAUGAGGAGAUGGCGUAUAGAAGAUGAAAGACGAAUUGGGCGGAUUUGUAGGGGCUGUGUGAUUGAGAUUUGCUGCAAGACGCUCGAUCACUGUUGUAUCCUUGCCGUUGUGGCAUACCUAUCUCACCACUGGGUGUUUGCUCGGGCCGUCGAGCCCAGGUCAGGCAGCUUUGCAAUCGUCAUAUGCGCUAGAAGGGCGCCAUGCGUACAUACAUCGCAACCCUGUUGCUCUCUUUUCGUAUCGCACCUGAACAAUGCUAACGUGUUUAAAUAUGACAUGGUAGUACGGUAGUAAAGCUCCCAAGUAACACGUGUCGUUUGCGACAUCCUGUAGGUUGCUGUCUGCGUUAACGUGGUAUGGUUGCUGACCUUUCGGUCGGUCGCACGCUGCUUGCUGGUUUGUGCCUUGGUUGCUAAUGAUGAUGUUUUUUGUGGGAAGCUACAGUGACAUCGUUUGUUGCGUUGGCAUUGCUUGCAUCGAGUUUGAGGAGGGUUUGCGAGUGCGGGUUGCUGCAUGGCCGUUUGGGCCGAGGGCUGUCAGCUAGCCUCGCCUAGCUUUGAGCGACGCUGAUAGUACAGUUUGCACACACGCGCGGCUAUGCAUUUGCUUACUUAUAUGUUGGCUGUGGGGGGCUCGCUGUGCAUACGAUUCGCCAUUUGCCAUUCGGAAGGCAUGCGACUGCAGGAUUAAGGCGUUUGCCGUAUUCUUGCAACUUGAGAUUAGAUGCAGCAUGCCUGUGCCUACUGUAAUCUAAUGCGAGAUAUGUAGGCUGGACAGCUGCUUGACGUUGUCAUGCCUCGUAGCUGCUUCGGUAUGCCUGUUCUCACUCAGGGGUGGGCUAUAGACACCAGACGUGACUUGGGGACAGACAACUAGUUCCAUGUCUAACGGUAUGUAAAUGGAACGCGUGG